AAAAGAGAGGAAAAGAGGACAAGGGAACAAGAGAGAGCGAGAGGCAGAGAGAGCGAGAACAGUGAAACAGAGUGCAUGGGACAGAGAGUAGUGGAACUGAGACCUGGUGAGGAAUAAAAAAACAUGCAAUUUCUAGACAAGAAAGAAGGCUAGUUUAUAUGUAUCAUUGCACCAGUGCAUGGAAGUGAAAGAUAGAAUUGUGUGUGUAUACAUUAGAUCAAGGAAAAUCAUUUUCAAAGAAAGGAGAAUUGGAGAAGAAAGCUACAGAUGGAAAUGUUAGAUGUGGAUACAAAGCAUAUUGAACAGCAGUUCUGGAAUGUGGUGGGUCAUGCUGGCGGAAAAGAAAGCUUCCUUCUGGUAGGUGACUGUGCAUAUCAAAUAGGUAAGGAUAACAGAAAUGGAGGCAUCAGGAAAAGUAAAGGUGAGCACUUCAAGAUGGUCAUUCAAGAUCUGUUUGAAUCCUCAAUCAAGGAGAAAAGUUUCAAAACAAUAACUAAGACAGAAAUAUCUCAGGUUGCCCCAGAGAAGCCUUUGGGCAAUGAGGCAAUAAUUAAGAAACCUUGCCAGUUGCAAGCAUCGGAUAAUAUUUCAAAAGAUGAAACCUAUUUUGCAAUUUCAAACACCGCACUGGGCAUGCAGCAUCACAACCCUGCAGAAAUAAUUUCAACUUCUUUGCACAAAUCUUCAAAAUCAAUAUUAGAAAAUAUUUCCUGUGAAAGUGGGAGACAUGAACUACAUUCUAAAUCACCAAAUAUUGCCUUUAAAAUGACAACUACAUCUUCAUUUAUAAAUGCAAAUACUGGAGAGACAGGAGAAUUACUGACCUCAUCCAAGCAGAAUCUUGGAUUUAUGAGUUCUGUGAUGCACCAGGGAAAAAAAUCUGGAUUUGAAACACUGGAAUUUCAAGAUCCCAUACAAACAUUUACUACGCCCAAGAUCAUGAAGAGUAAUCAAGUAUUCAAAAAGGAAAAGUCACAAGAAACAUUAGUUAGUCAGAAAGUGUCUUCUAAAUCCAUGAAUUUAUUGGAUUUAGAUUUUGCCAAGGUAGAUGCUAAUGGUUGUUGUUAUGCAGAUGCAGACACAAGGACAAAAUCUACUACUAAGAAAAUGUCCUGCUCAGGAAAGUUUCAGAAAACCAUGGCUAAAAAAGUGGAAUUUAGAUCUGUGGCACAGUUACGGGGCUUUGAUUGCCCUGUGAUUAUAUUUGUGUUUCAACAAAGAUUUGUUGAAGAGAAAAAAAACAAGUUUCAGUUGAAAGAGAUUAUAAAGGAUGUGAAGCAGAGGUGCAAAACAGCACUACCUGCAGCAUUUGGACUAAUUUUGAGGGAGAAAUGCCACCAACCAGAAGAGAGACUAACAGGGUGCCUCUUAUUGCUUUCACAAUAUCUGCAGAAAAUGUUCUGGACAGAAAUCCUUAUGGACUUGCAGAUCAGCUGGGUGUACAUACCCCAUGAAAAGAAAUGCAUUCUAGAGAUCAAAAAAGGUAUUUGUCAGGCACUGCUUCACAAAGAAACAGCAGCAUCAACCCCUACAGGGCACAGAGCAAUGGGUGUGAAAGUACUCCACUGUUUCCCUUGGUAUGGCCGCAGGAAAGACCGCAACAAAGAGCCUCAAGAACCCACCAGCCAAGAAACAGAUUCACCACAGCCAUCUGAAGAGCCCCCUGCCCAGAAAGGCAGGCCUCGAUCAACAGCAUCUGUCAGCAGCGACAGCGAAGGCCACAACAGUCGCGCCUACUUCAGCAGGAAGGCCCGAGUUUCGUUUCGUCACGAGAUGGACUCUGCUUUGGCAGUAAUUGAUUCUACCAACUGACCACGUCACUAUUUGCUUCUGGGAUUACCAGGCAGCAGUGUUUACAAAAUGGUGUUUGUGCUAUUAAUUAAUACACCCAAGGCCUUUAAUAAUCUAGUGUGGCGCUAGAUAGAAGCAUCGGUGCAGAACACAACUAACUCAGACAUUCUGGAUUCUUUACAGUUGCCAAUCUCCAAGAGCACUAGUACUUUAGGUGUCGGUGUGUGUGUUUUAAAACGUCCAGCUUCACAAGAGCUGAAGACAAGUUAUCACAAUAUUAGCAUUGGUGCGUCUGAAUUGCUAUAACUAACACUUUUCAGUAAAUGAGUAGGAGUUGAAAGUAAGGUGAUCACAAACAGUCCCAUCCAUUUUUUUAAUCUACUUAUCCAAAUGAAGGCUGAGGGGUAGUCAGAGCCAUGUAGGGCUUAGAAAAACCUAACAUUUCAGCUCACAUACCAUGUGCAGACAAUGGAGUGGGCACAGUCAAAGUUUAGUAAUCUACUGAAAGUGGCAGCUGACCACAAACUGUGUCCAUUGAGUUAGGAGUGGACACAAAUCCCCUAUUCAUGUAACAUCUGGUUAUAGUAGAGGAAUAUAUGAAAUGGCUUCUCACUGCUGUGUAAUUGACAACAUUCUAUUUGCUCACAGUAAUCAUUCAUUGAUCUUUUAGCAGGAGAAAGUAGCGUCUGUGUGUUCAUCUUUAGCUCACUACACAACACACAAACUAAAGAGCAGUCAGCUGGCAACAAGACCACUUCACAGCCAGCGCCGCCUACAAGCUGUCCUUAAACUUGGUAGAAGAAUGAAAAGUAGAGGAGAUGCAUUGACCUUGUGCAUAUACUUGAUUCUAGUUUUAAUGAUCUUGUUACGUGAGCAGUCUAGAAGUAAAUAAAAUCAAAGUCCUUUUCUAACAUCUUGUGGAUUAACAUGUGGGGUACUAAAGGGGAGGUGUAAAUAAAGUUUAGCAUUUAACAAAA